CAUUCAUCACUCUUUCAUCGCCAAUAUUUUCUGGCAAAAUUCAAUUUCUAAACAAAUUACUAACAGUAUUACAUUACAUACAGCCACAUCUACCUACCUGGCACAUAUUUUUUCUAAGUCAAAAUAACCAACUUCCAUGACAUUUUCAUUUUCAAUUUUGUUCAUCUAAUUAAUAACUCUUGAUUCAUUCUAUCUCCAAUUCCAUUCGUCUUCUUAAUGAUGAUAAACCCAUUAACCAGCCACAAAACAUUAUAGUAAAAUUACAACCUUACAAGAACAAAUAUUUGAAUCACAAGACACAUUAUAAUUUGAAACCAUUUUUAAAGGGGUAUGAAUGGUUGAUGACUGUUCAACUUUCAUUCAGAUCACAAUCAUUCUCAAAACAAAACCUAGCUUCACUAAUGUCACAAAGAAUAACAGAAGAACCAUUACCAACCAAAACAGCUCAAAGCACAGUUACAUGCCUCUACCAAACCAGCAUUGGUGGCCAAUGGAGAAACAUAUCAGUCUUAUGGUGCAAAAACCUCAUCAACCACACAUUAAACCUUAAAGUUGACAGCGCUAGAGGCGAACAAUUUCAUCAAAACUGCAAAAUUGAAGUUAAGCCAUGGUGCUUUUGGAAUAGAAAAGGUUACAGAUCGUUUGACGUUGACGGCAAUCAAAUCGACGUGUAUUGGGAUCUAAGAUCGGCUAAAUUCGCAGGAAAUUGCCCCGAACCAUGCAGCGAUUACUACGUUAUGUUAGUUUCCGACGAAGAGGUUGUGCUGUUGUUAGGUGAUUACAAGAAGAAGGCUUACAAGAGAAUGAAAAUGAGACAAGCACUUGUUGAGGCAACAUUAUUGGUUAAGAGAGAAAAUGUUUUUGCAAAGAAAAGUUUCUCAACAAAGGCUAAAUUUGAUGAGAAGAGAAAAGAGAGUGAUAUUGUUGUUGAAAGUUCAACUGCUGGCAACAAAGAUCCUGAAAUGUGGAUUAGUAUUGAUGGGAUUGUUUUGAUUCAUAUUAAGAAUUUGCAGUGGAAGUUUAGAGGGAACCAAACUGUUAUGGUUAAUAAACAACCUGUGCAUGUGUUUUGGGAUGUAUAUGAUUGGUUGUUUAGUGUGUCUGGGUCUGGUCCUGGGCUUUUUAUCUUCAAACCUGGGCCCACUGAAGUUGAGAGUGAUAAAGAAGAGAAAGGUUUAGAAGGUGAGAGUGAUGAUGGUAGUGCUACUAGUGGAUAUUAUUCAACAAAAAGUUAUACUCCUUUUGAGUCUUGCCUUGUACUCUGUGCCUAUAAACUUGAGUGAUAAGUUAUAAGUCAGAGAGAAGAGACCAAAUGUUUAUAUGAUAGUCGGGGCAACCAUGCUUUUAAAUUGCGGUUGCGGCUAUGUUGUCAAUCAUUAUAUUGCGAGAAAAUGUUGGAAAAUGCAGCCUUUGCAGUCAAAAUUGAAGUUGCAAUGCCAUUACGAGGAUCUCAAAUUCAUUUAUACUGCAGGGCACAAUUUAAAACUAUGGUGGCAAC